AUGGAGCACCUAGAGAACAUCAGAGACCAGAGGGACAACCAUCCCGGUGUCAGGAGAGGUGGGAAGAGAGCAGGGAAGGAGACCAUGGGCGUCUCGCAAUGGAGCCAGGUGCACCCCAGGGUGGGUGGUGGGGUCCCUUUGGGACCAGGAGGACCUCAUUGUGGUCACUUGCCCACCCUGGGGUGCUGGAGGAGCAGGUUGCUGCCAGCAUGCUUCAUGGUGCUCAUCUUGGACCCAUCUCACCACACAUCAGCACCACCAGGUCCCAAAGGACCUAUCAGCACUCACGUGUCUGCUUGGCCGUGGUGGACACAUCAUGGGACCCAUCAUCUGCUCCUGGUCCUGCCAAGCUCCUCUUGGCACCUAUCAUCUCUUCUUGGCCCUGGUGGACACAUCUUGGCACCCAUCAUCUCCAGGUCCUGCCCAACUCAUCUUGGCACCCAUCAUCUCUUCUUGGCCUUUGUGGACACAUCUUGGCACCCAUCACCUCCAGGUCCUGCCCAUCUUGGCACCCAUCAUCUCUUCUUGGCCUUUGUGGACACAUCUUGGCACCCAUCAUCACCUCCAGGUCCUGCCCAACUCAUCUUGGCACCCAUCAUCUCUGCUUGGCCCUGGUGGACAUAUCUUGGCACCCAUCACCUCCAGGUCCUGCCCAACUCAUCUUGGCACCCAUCAUCUCUGCUUGGCCCUGGUGGACACAUCUUGGCACCCAUCAUCUCCUCCAGGUCCUGCCCAACUCAACUUGGCACCCAACAUCUCUGUUUGGCCCUGCUGGACCCAUCUUGGUGCCCAUCAUCUUCUUCUCCUUCACCCAUUUUGGUGUCCAUCAGCUCCUCCCACUUCCAUCUGGAUGCGUCUCAUCUCCUCCUGCUUCUGCUGGACCCAUCUUGGCACCCAUCAUCCUUUCCUACUGGACGCAUCUUGGUGCCAUCAUCUCUGCUUGGCCCUGCUGAACCAACGUCUUCUUCUCCUGCACCUGUCUUGGUGCCCAUCAUCUCCUUCUCCUGUAUCCAUCUGGUUGUCCAUCAGCUCCUUCUCCUAUACCCAUCUUGGUGCCAAUCAUCUCCUUCUUCUCCUGCACCCAUCUCGGUGCCCAUCAUCUCCUCCUGGUCCUGCUCAACCCAUCUUGGUGCCACCAUUUCUGCUUGGCCCUGCCCAAACUCAUCUUGGCACCCAUCAUCUCCUUCUUCUCCUGCACCCAUCUUGGUGCCCAUCAUCUUCUCCUGUGCCCACUUUGGUGCCUCUUUUCUCCUCCUGGUCCUGCCCAAACUCAUCUUGGUGCCCAUCAUCUCCUUCUUCUCCUGCCCAAACUCAUCUUGGUGCCCGUCGUCUCCUUCUUCUCCUGUAUCCAUCUUGGUGCCCAUCAUCUUCUUCUCGUGUAUUCAUCUUGGUGUCCAUCAGCUCCUUCUCCUGUACCCGUCUUGGUGCCCAUCAUUUCCUUCUUCUUCUGCACCCAUCUUGGUGUCCAUCAGCUCCUUCUCCUGCACCCACCUUGGUGCCCAUCAUCUCCUUCUCCUGCACCCAUCUUGGUGCCAUCAUCUCCUUCUUCUCCUAUAUCCAUCUUGGUGUCCAUCAGCUCCUUCUCCUGCACCCAUCUUGAUGCCCACCAUCUCCUUCUUCUCCUGCACCCACCUUGGUGCCCACCAUCUCCUUCUUCUCCUGCACCCAUCUUGGUGCCCAUCAUCUUCUCCUGUGCCCACUUUGGUGCCUCUUUUCUCCUCCUGGUCCUGCCCAAACUCAUCUUGGUGCCCAUCAUCUCCUUCUUCUCCUGCACCCAUCUUGGUGCCAUCAUCUCCUUCUUCUCCUAUAUCCAUCUUGGUGUCCAUCAGCUCCUUCUCCUGCACCCAUCUUGAUGCCCACCAUCUCCUUCUUCUCCUGCACCCACCUUGGUGCCCAUCAUCUCCUUCUUCUCCUGCACCCAUCUUGGUGCCCGUCAUCUCCUUCUUCUCCUGUAUCCAUCUUGGUGCCCAUCAUCUUCUUCUCGUGUAUUCAUCUUGGUGCCCAUCAUCUCCUUCUUCUCCUGUAUCCAUCUUGGUGCCCAUCAUCUUCUUCUCCUGUAUUCAUCUUGGUGUCCAUCAGCUCCUUCUCCUGCACCCAUCUUGAUGCCCACCAUCUCCUUCUUCUCCUGCACCCACCUUGGUGCCCACCAUCUCCUUCUUCUCCUGCACCCAUCUUGGUGCCCAUCAUCUUCUCCUGUGCCCACUUUGGUGCCUGUUUUCUCCUCCUGGUCCUGCCCAAACUCAUCUUGGUGCCACCAUCUCCUUCGGGACCCCCCUGGGCACCCUCACCCCCUCUGUUGAAGCUGAAGCCCCUCCUGCCCCAUAGUGGCCCCCCAAGUGCCUUCAGCUCCAUGUGGGGCGAAGCAGGACCAUGGGGGUCACCCCUGGGCUGGGCUGGUGGGUCCCCAUCAACACGUACAGAUCUAUACAGAGACUUCUUAAUUAGAGCCCCCUAAUUAGUGACCCCGAAGCAGUUGUCUCAAGGGGUCCCCUUUUUGGAGGGGUCUUUAGAGGGGGGUCCCUAAGUGGGUGGUCCCAAAUUUAGGGGGUCCUCAAGGUCAAGGAUCUCCAUGGUUUGGGGUCACCAUGGUGUGGGGUCACCAGGAUGGGAGGGUCCCCAUGGUUUGGGGUCACCAAGUUGGGAGUCACAACGGUCAGAGGUUCUCAAAUUGGAAGGUCCCCAAAGAUGGGGGUCACCAUGGUGUGGGGUCUCCAAGCAGGGGGGUCCCCAAAGUCGGGUGUCUCCAUGGCGUGGGGCCACCAGGAUGGUGGACUCUCCAAGUUGGAGGUCCUUGAGGAUGAGGGUCACCAGGAUGGGGGUCACCAUCGUGUAGGGUCACCAAGGAUGAUGGGGUCACCAUGAUGAGGGGUUUCCAAGUGGGGGGGUCCCCAAAGUCAGUGAUUUCCAUCGUUUGGGAUCUCCAGGAUGGUGGAGUCCCCAUGGUGGGGAGGGUCCCCAAGUUAGGGGGUCCCCAAGGAUGGGGGUCACCAUAGUGUGGGGCCACCAGGAUGGAUGGGGGAGGGGUGUCCCAAGGUCAGGGGUCACCAAGGUUUGGGGUCACCAGGAUGGUGGGGUCCCCAAGGAUGGAGGACACCAUGGUAGGGGGUCACCAAGGAUGGAGGGGUGUCCGUAGUGAGGAGUCUCCAACUUGAGGGGUCCCCAAGGGUGAGGGUCACCAAGGAUGGGGGUCUCCAACUUGAGGAAUCUCCAAGGAUGGAGGUCACCAGGAUGGGGAGGUCCUCAUGCUCAGGGGGUCCCCAUAGAUGGAGGUCACCAUGGUGAGGGGUCCCCAAGGAUGGAGGUCACCAUGGUAUGGGGUCAACCAGGAUGGGGGGGUCCUCAUGGUCAGGAGGUCACCAAGGAUGGGCGUUUCCAAUUUGUGGGGUCUCCAAGAAUGAGGGUCACCAGGAUGGGGGUUCCCAAGGAUGGGGGUCAUCAUGGUGGGGGUUAACCAUGGUCAGGGGGUUCCCGAGGAUGAGGGUCACCAGGAUGGGGGUCACCAUUGAGGGGGGUGCUCAUGGUCAGGGGGUCACCAAGGAUGAGGGUCUCCAACUUGAGGGGUCUCCAAGAAUGAGAGUCACCAGGAUGGGGGUCCCCAAGGAUGGGGGUCAUCAUGGUGGGGGUUCACCAUGGUGUGGGGUCACCAGGAUGAAGGGGUCCUCAUGGUCAGGGAGUCCCCAAGGAUGGGGGUCAACCAGGAUGGGGGUCACCAUUGGGG